AUGGAGAAAACAUUAUCAAUAUUUGAAGAUGGUAGAUUUAUUAACCCAUUUUCAGAUUUUUUUAAUCAUGAAGAAAAGAAAUCACCAAAAGAUGUAUGGAAUUAUAUAACAAAAAGACCAAAGAUAUUACCAUUAACAGAAUAUGAAAAAACAGAGAUUCAUCCAGUUUUAAAACCAGAUUUUAAUUUAAUAAAUUCAGAAUACGAUAAAGAGACUACAAUUAGGUCGACCUGGAUUGGACAUUCAACAUGUUUAAUUCAAAUGGAAGGAUUUACAUUUAUCACUGACCCAGUUUGGAGUAAAAGAUGUACACCAAUUCCAAAUCUACCAUUUGGACCACACAGAUACAGAGAUCCAGCAUGUUCAAUCAAAGAAUUACCACCGACAUUAGAUUUCGUAAUCAUUAGUCAUGCACAUUACGAUCAUUUAGAUUAUGAUGCAGUUGUUGAAAUUUCAAAACUUUUCCCAAAUUGUCAUUUCUAUGUACCAAAAGGUUUAAAAGUAUGGUUUCAAUCUGCUUCAAUUAAAAAUGUAACUGAAUUAAAUUGGUGGGAUGAAAUUAAUCAUUAUCACCACACUACCACAAAUACUACUACCACUACCAAAAAUAAUGAUAAUGAUGAUAAUUGUUUAAAAUUAAUUUAUACACCAGCAAAUCAUUCAUCACAAAGAGGUAUGUUUGAUCGUAAUAAGUAUCUUUGGGGUAGUUGGUGUGUGGUUGGAAAGAAUAAAAGAUUUUAUUUUAGUGGUGAUACAGCGGAUCAUGAUCAACUAUUUAAACAAAUCUCUCAUUAUUAUGGUCCAUUUGAUUUUAGUUUAAUUGCAAUUGGUGCAUACGAUUUAAAUAGAGAAUUUAUGAGAUCUUGUCAUAUCAAUGUUGAAGAAGCUGUUAGAAUUCAUAAAGAAUUAAACUCAAAAAAGAGUUUUGGUAUUCAUUGGGGUACUUAUCUAUUAUCAUCAGAACCAAUAUUAGAACCACCACAAUUACUAAUUAAAGAAUCUCAAAAACUUGGAUUAAAAGAAAAUGAAUUUUGUGUUAGUAAAAUUGGUGAAACUUUAAUAAUUAAAUCUGAUGAAUAA